UGUAAACUUCCCUGUUGUAUUGCCUUAAUCUCGUCCCUGUCCUGCCGCGUCGCCCCAUCCUUCCUCGAUCCGAUCGCAAGGAGGAGAAGGGAGAAGUGGGAAGAGGAAGAGAGAUCGGAAAUGGGUGGCGGAAAUGGGCAGAAGUCCAAGAUGGCGCGCGAGAGGAACAUAGAGAAGAACAAAGCCGCCAAGGGCAGCCAGCUGGAAUCGAACAAGAAAGCCAUGACCAUUCAGUGCAAGGUAUGCAUGCAAACAUUUAUAUGUACCACAUCGGAAGUCAAGUGCAGAGAACAUGCUGAAGCAAAGCAUCCCAAGUCUGAUGUUUCUCAGUGCUUCCCCCACCUUAAGUAGUAAGCAAGCGACAAGGAAGCCUAUCAAGUGUGGUUGAAAUAGGUAUGGGUAAAAUACCUCUGUAUGGUAAUAUAAAGGUUGCAGACUUUAUUGAUCUGAACUAUUUGUGUCUUUCAUCUUUAUAUCACCAUCACAUAUGUUGUGUGUUUUAAACUAAUUAAGAAUGUGUGUGUGCUUCUUUCCGGACCAAAAUUUUCUUCUUCUCUUUCUGAUACUACCGUAGUGUGUGGUCUACAUUUCUCUGUCGAAUGACAGUCAUCACAUGUUUACUUGUAUGUGAAACUCAAAUUUGUGUUUGCGCUGGUAAAAGAGGUUUAAUCUAAACAAUGACUGAUGUCAAACAUUUUGG